AUGUUAUCUAGUAGACUACCAGAGGAGCAAUCUUUGUUGCGAAUAGACACAACAAAAAGAGCCCGGUUCUCAGCUCGCCUGCAAAGAUUAUCCAGACUGUCAGAGUCUAGACAAUGCCGAACAACGCCAAGACUGAGUGGCUGCAGAGUGGAUAUCUUGGUGGAUAUGUUCACGUCAUUGUCGAGAGGAAGCUACCACACCCUGAGCUUCGUUCAGCCCGAGCUUCUGAACCUUUUUAUCUUUACAAGACAGUGUUAUUUGCCAUUGAAGAAUUAG